AUGGCCGAAACAAAAGAGGAAGUUAAGGCUUAACCUAAAGUAUAUUCAUAUGCAGAUUUAAUCGAAUUCGAAAAUAAGCAAGCUUUUAGUUCAAUAGGGAAAAUGCCACUAUCAACAAAAUAAACUCUGCCUAGUUUUAGUUUCGGCUCUGCUGAACGUGCAAAUUAAGCUAAGAUUUAUCACAACAAAGAACUUGCUAGAAUAGAUUUUGGUGGUAAGAAUAUUAUAUAUAACCAAAUUAAGGUAAGGCUAGUCCUGGGCCUGUUUAUAAUGUAAGAGGAGGAGAUCAAUUUUAUUAUACAUAAGAUGCAAAUACAAAGUUUGGAACUGAUGCUCGUAAUACUUUGAAUACAGGAGCCAAAUUUGAUUAUUAUUAAAGGAAAGAUGUGGAUGUAAACUUGAAAUUGAAUAAUGAUAGUUUGAACCUUAAGAAGCAGAUUUGAUUCGAAAACCCAAAUAUCCAAACGUUAAGAUUGGAUUGGAAUCUAGAGUAUGAUUCAAAUAUAUUUAGUUCCCUCCUGAAAAAAGAUUAAAGGGAACACCUGGACCUUAAUAUGAUCCAGCAAUAAAGCCAGAAGUGCCCACUCCUGCUCAAUAUUCUUUUGGAUAUAGAAGAGAUAUACCAGGUGCAUCUGCUUUGGCUCCUACUUGUUCAACUCCAGUGAUAGUGGGUCCAGGAGCAUAUUUGUAGAAACCUCCUGCAAAUACAAGCAAUUUAGAAGAUGCUCCUCAUUGGACAUUACCAAAGGGACCAAAAAUAGGAAAGAUCUUUGAAGGAUGGGAUAAGAAUUAAACAUAUGAUACAAAAUAGUAUUCUUAAUGAGAUAAAAAGGAUUGCUGUAGGAGUGCAAGUUAAUUCUAAGAAAAAGUCAUAUCCAGCAUUCAGUGUUGGUAAGUCAACAAGAGAAGCGAAAGUUGGACAUUUUAAGUAAUUAAUGGUUAAGGUUCCAUCUAAGGUGCAUAUACCUCAUCCGAAAAUAUGAUUAUUUAAAGAUUGCAU